UGCUUUUGCAGCAGCCGAGCGCAGCGGCAGGAGCGGCUCAGGUUGAUUUAGAGCGCGGAUGACAGUGGCCUGGCGCGAGCCCGCGGCUGACGACAGCGCGGGGCCGCUCGGUUUCCAUGGAGACGGGCUGGAGCCGCGGCGGCGGCGGCGGCGGCGGCGGCGGGGCUGUCAGCGCGCGCGGCUGCGAUCGCGCGUCCGCGGGGGUCUGCGGGAGGAAGGAGGGGGCCGGGGCCGGGACCCUCGCGGCAGACAUGGACUCGCAUUGUGAUUGCGCUGCGGAGCCGCCGGCCGCCGAGCCGCCGCCGUCGGGGAAGAUUAAUAAAGCCGCCUUCAAAUUAUUCAAGAAGAGGAAAUCGGGCGGCACCAUGCCCAGCAUUUUUGGGGUCAAAAACAAAGGGGAUGCGAAGAGCUCGGCUCCGACGACGACGACGACGACGACGACGACGGGGAUGGUGAGGAGCAGGACCCACGACGGGCUGGCCGAGGUGGUGGUGCUGGAGGGCGGCAGGAAGGAGGAGCCGCGCGGGCCGAACCCCGGGCCCCCCAGGGCCGCCGCGCCCGGCCCGGGCUCGCUGGCCGCCGGCUCCGUGGCCAAGUCCCACAGCUUCUUCUCCCUGCUGCGGAAGAACGGGAGGCCGGAGCCGGGCAAGGGGGACCCGGCGGACGCGAGCAGGGCCGGCGGCAAACAAAAGAGGGGGCUGCGAGGCAUCUUCAGCGGCAUGCGCUGGCCGCGGAAGGACAGGCGCGGCGGGGGCGAGGGGCCCAGGCCGGCGCGCGCGGCCACCCCGGGGGCCCUGGGGCCGCCCGGCUCGCUCACCGCCAGCCUGGAGUGCGUCAAGGAGGAGCCGGCCCGCGCCCGGGGGGACGCCCCGCCACACCCAGCAGGUGAGCUCGCAGGGGGAGCGCAGGCGCCCGCCGCCGCCCAGCGCGCCCCGGAGGAGGGCGAGGCCCCGCGCCCCGGCGGCGCCCACCGCAGCAGCCCGCCGGCCGAGGACGCGGCGGGGCGCAGGGCGCCGGCAGCCGGCGAGGCGCACGCGGCGGCGGCCCAGGACGCUUCCAGGACCGGGGACGCGGCGCGAGAGGCCGAGCCCCCGGCGCACCCCGAGGCCGGCCGCGCCCCCGACCCCGCCUCGGCCGAGCCGCCCUCAGACCCGGCGGCCGACCGGAUUUGUUUGAUGUUUUCUGACGUGACUUCACUGAAAAGCUUUGACUCUCUUACAGGCUGCGGAGAUAUUAUCGCAGACCCCGAGGAGGAGGCAGGUCCCAGCAGUGACAAGCAGGCCCCCGGGCCGGGCAAGCCCGCGCCGCCCAAAAAGACGCCCGGAGGCGUGGUGGCCUACCAAGGAGGCGGGGAGGAGAUGGCCAGCCCGGACGGGGUGGACGACACCUGUCUGCAGGAGUUCUGGGACAUGCUGUCCCAGGCCGAGGACCAGGGCCAGGCGCCCCCGGAGGCCGCGGUGGCCAAGGCGGCCCCGGCCCAGGAAGCCAAGGCGGUGCCGGAGACCUCCAGGGACGCCCGGGCUGCCGAGGCGCCCAGGGACGCGUCCUCGGUCAAGCGCAGGCGGCUGCACGGGGUCCCCGCCGAGCUGCACCCCAAGGAGGAGCCCCAGCCCUCGGAGAAGGAGCCGCCAGAAGGCGUCCCCAACAGUGACCAGGGCUACUGGGACUCCACCACGCCCGGCCCCGAGGAAGACGCGGGCGCGGGCGGCGGGAAGCGAUCCGGCCUCCCCCGGGACAGCGACAGCGGCGACGCGCUCUACGACCUCUACGCGGAGCCCGACGCCAGCCCCGCCGGUCCCCCUGCCGGCGAGGAGACGGCCUGCCUGUCCCGGUUGAAGCCGGUGUCUCCAGGCGCCAUCACCUGUCCACUGCGAACACCGGGCAGCUUGCUGAAGGACUCAAAGAUCCCCAUUAGCAUCAAGCAUCUCUCGAACCUUCCAUCCAGCCACCCCGCUACGCACCAGCAACCAGCCAAGAGUGAGUUACGCAGAACAAAAAUACCAGUCUCCAAAGUGCUGGUCCGCAGGGUCAGCAACCGGGGCCUGGCUGGGACCACCCUCCGGGCAGCGGCGUUGCACGACAGUGCCAAAAAGUUGUGAGGGCCCAGGCCGAGGUGGAUGGGUGGCAUGUCCAGGAAUACAGCUGGUCCCUGGAACCCACUAAAGGAAGUGAUGUAGGACCAUCCCUGCUCCUGAGCCUGGACAGGGGCGGAUGCACCAGGAGAGGGAGAUGCUCCGCUCUGUGGAAUACUCCUCUCAAGAUGAGUCCCUGAGAAUUAUUUUUGAGCACUUUCCCCUCCCCUCUUUUUACCUUUUUAAAACUCUUUUUUUUUUUCUUCCUUCAUGCACUGAACUCUCGGAAGUCACCUUCUCUUGCCUUUGCAGAAAAAAAGACAACCAAAUCUCAGUUAGAGUCAUGCCAGGGUGCUGGGCUGUGCUAGUCGAGGGCCUGGAUGAGUCACUGCAGACUGCAAGAAGAUCCCUUUCACUCUUUCUGUUCUUUCCUUUUCCUUUCCAAGGGGGCAAAAAAGAGCCUUUGCUGUAUCACUGUGUGGAAGCCACCUGCGAGGCUGAAAGAGGCAGGUAGCGGCUUCAUGAGGGCGUGGGGGUUAGCAGAAAAGCUCCCUCAUUUCAGAUACUAGAUAGGCAGGUAGGUGAAGAGUUCCCACUAGGAAAAUAAAGGAGGCUUUUAGUUUGGUUGGUCGAGAUCGUUUGGAGAGAAAUAAAGGCUUACAGAAUAGGUUUCAUUUUGUGGUUUUGGUUUUGAAUCCCCCACCUCCACCUAGUGCAGAAAUCAGGUCAGGGAAUGAUUUCACUGAAUGCCAAUAGACACAGUAUUUUAGCAUCUGUCAACAGUAACCUUCUCAUUUGUAGAUAAUGCAUAUUUUACAGUUUAUUCCACUUAACAUUUUUAUAAUCUGCCAAUAACCUAGAAUUAAAAAUCUGGCCUUAUAGUUAGAUAUGAUGACUCUCCCCAAACCAUCCGGUUAUUUUAGGUACUGCAACCUGAAGCAAUGCUGGUUUUGGUUUUGGUUUGCAUCGUCUCUAGUUCUUUAAAAAAAAAUUAUAUAUAUAUAUAUAUAUACUGUGUGACUGUCCCAGAAGAAUUGUUUUGCCUUGUUUUGGUUAAGAAUCUGUUUCUUACCCCAAACCCUGGUUGUCAGAAUCUUGGUUUUAAGAUUUUGAAUCCAAUCAUUCCUCAGUGGUCCAAUAUGAGACACACGGUGAAAAAAACAAUAGAAAAAUACAGUUUUCCCUGUCCUUUCAAUUUUGCUUCAUAGACUUACGGCCGAGACAAGUGUGUUCAGAAUAUAUUGACAAGCUUAUGUAUUGUAAAUGCAUUAUGAAGUUUAUUUUUUUUAAAGAAAUGGUUUCAAUUAUAUGUAUCUUUCUAAUAUUUCAGCUAAAACUUCCAUUUCAGAAAGGGUUGUUAUAUGCCUUGGUAGUCUGAAUGAUAAAGUGAAGCAGUUCCUCGAAUGCUAUUAGUGUCUAAUGAUUAAAUUAAUAUCCUUUUGAAAUGCACUCCAUUGUAUCUGAUCAAAAGGCCAGAGCUCCCACUUGGAGGUAAUUCAUCAUAUCAGGAAGAUUAUACAUAUUUCAGUGACACCAAACAUAUGUAAAUGACAUAAGCACUGGAGUACUUCUCAUUCUCCAGAGAGUUCACUAAGUAAUGAGCUGUUGUUUUUAACCUUGUUUUCUGUUUUGUAAAGGGAUGAAAAAGGAAAGUUAAAAAUAUGAAAACCCAUUUUAAUAAUAUAAAGGAAGUAACAAAAUAAAUGGACAUCAAAGGAAAACAAAUUUCAGCCAGUAACAUAAAGCAGGUUGUUCCUCCUUUUAAGUUUGCAAUGACUCAAUGAGAAGACAAGGUACAGGUUUGCUGAAUUUUUUUAUGAGUCAUUUAAAUGGCUUUUAUUGCAUCUUCUCGGACCUUUAAUGUUAUUUCAAAGUAACAUUUUAACAGUUAAUUUCCUAUCUAUAUAGAAGGCCCUACAUGCAGACAUAGCCUUAAGCAUUCUGAACACACUGCUAGAAAUUCAAACAGCUCACAAGUGCGCAUAUGCUCAAAUGAGUACAAACUAAUAGAAAACAUCUAUAAUGAUUUAGGCUUAGAAAUAUUUUGAAAAUUGUUUCUGACCUUGAGAAAGAAAGAACUUUAAAUGAUUUAAUACUGAUAGUACUAUUCAGAUUCAAACUACAGCAAAUUAGAUAGAACAUAAAUUUUAUUUCUAACCCCAAAGCAAAAGAUUUUUCUUUUCUUCUUGUGCAUUUUCCUUCAGAUUAUAGUCUUCAUUGCAUGACACCAUUGCUGUUUUAUUUUUCUGUUUGUUCACCUGCACAGGAAACUUAAGAAUACCUGAAAUGAUGAUACUAUUAUCGCAGUAAAGGAAGUCUCUUUCUAAAACACUAGGAGAAACUGUUUUUCUUUCACAGUUUGAGGACUUAUUUCUGCAAUUACACUACUUUGCUGACUUCUCUUUGCACGUAAAAGAAAAUAUUAGCAAAUUUUUAUUUCUCCUGUCAAUUAGCCGGUUAUGAAAGAGUUAAAACUUGUUUUAUUUCUUUUUUCCAUGUUUUCAUGAUUUUUUAACUCUGUGUCUCUAACAGUCAAAUGAAUUCAGGCCUUCUAUUGAAUGACCUCCUCGCUUGGUGGGAGGAGUGAUGACCCAUGGCCAAUAUUUUCUAACCAGAGAAAAAGCUAGAGUUGCUUUCUUUUUACUAAGAGCUACUUUGUCUCAUUUUUGUUUAUGGAGAUGACUUUCUAGGAUUUUUCUGGAUGUACAGGCCAAUGGUUACUAAUGCGUUCUCUAGUAACAGUAUGAGGAUUACACAGGCCUAUAUUUGCUGAUUGUUUGAGGGGUUCCAUAUGGGCUCAGACCACCCUUCCUGAUAUGUAUGAACCUAAAAUGUGUGCGGAUUAAUGCCCUUUGGUUAAACAGCUGCCCAAAUUAGAGGGGGAAAAACGAAAUCAGUUGUUGGGUCAGAAGUUAUCAGUUUAAUACUCCUCUUCAAAGACAUCCUGACUUUAAUAUUUGUAUCACACAUACAUUGCUCCUUCAAACGUCCACUCUAGUUCUGAUGCUGGUUGAUGCUUUUGUUCUUCUGUUAGCACCAAGUGAUAGACGUUUUAUUUACUACAGUAUUUUAAAUAAUCACAAGAGGAAAUAGACUUAUCAUUUCACCUAACAACAACAAUGGAAUAUUGACCAUUAGGGACCUUCUUCAGACACAUUUCCCACAAAUGAUCUAUUUUAAUACAAAGCUUUUAAUCUAUGAAGGUGAUGACUUAACAGAUUUAAGGUUUUAUCACUCAUCUCAAUAGCUGUCAGAUACAUAGAUGAACAUACAGUUAAAUGACUAUAGAGAUAGCCCUUUGGUGACACAUGAGGGAAGAAACGCUAUCCGCAGGAUAAAAUUUGUCUGAACAAUCUGAAAGUUUUCGUUGUUUACAUCUUUAUCAGGUUAAAUGUCGAAAGCAGCGGUUUAUUGUACGCUUUGUGUAAAGAGAUUGAUUCCUGUAGCUUUUUGCCUGUUUUCAUCACAGUUGCUUGGUACCCUCAGACAGCAGGAAUGGGACCCUUGACAUGAUGUUGGCAUGUUUGGGCCACGGUAGCAUGUUGGCAUGCAUUCGUUGCUUGCUAAUCACCCUGAAUCUCUCUCUUGAAGUAGGAACACAAGGACUUGGCUCCGCCAUGCUUGGUUUCCAUUGACACAUGUCCUAGGACACACAUUUAGUUUGCUCCUCUAUCUCCCCUUAAGAAACUCAAGAAUCGAAACUCCUGGACUGAGCAUGUGGCUCAGUGAUAAGAAUGCUUGUCUCGUGUUUGUGAUACCCUGGCUUCAAACCCCAGCACUGAAAAAAGAAACCUUUCAGGAAAAAACAUCUCAGUUGCCUUUUCUUACCACAAAUAUCGCCAGUUAGAGAAUAAGAGAAACCCAAAUGCCACAGCCAAGCUCAUUCCCUCCUCUCGGCAUGAAUGUGUUACUCAACCUGGGAAAUUUUUCAAUUCUUGACACAAAAGUAUUUAUAAAACACUUUGGGACCAAAGGGCUAGCAGGACAGGCCAGUAAACUUAAGGCAACAGGAUGGGAAAGCAAAAGUCACACCCUGACUUCUUAAAAAUUAGGAGACUAUGACACCAUGGCUUAAAGGAGACAUGUGUCUCAACAAUAGCCACUUACAAAGAGUGUGAUUGUCUCACUGCAGAUUUAGAGGGUGAUUCAGAGGACUAGCAUCAUAGUUAUCGAAAGGAGGUCUUCCUUGAACUCAAGAGAGAAAGAUUAAAAUAGCCAUGAAGCCUCCAGACCUGAAAUGUUUUCCAUUGAUGUUUACUUGAAUUCAGUGCAACAUACAUUUAUGGGACAUGUGCUGUAUCUAAUACUUAACAAAAACCCAUGCAGUAUGGGGCUCACAUAGAGCUAUGCUGUAACUGGAUUUUCUUAAUAUUCAUUAAAACCACUUUUAUUUUACCUAUGUUUACUUUUUUUGGGUAUUUGUUGCUUGUAGUCUGUGGAGUGGAACAGAGUGGGCUGAGUGAAGCUACACAGAUUCCUCUACAGAUAGUAAUUAUAACAACAGUAACAUGUGCUGAAUGCUAACUAUGCACUGGGCACUGCUAGAAGGUUAUAAAUAUUUAUCUAGUUCUCUUCUCAAUUAUAGGGGGUUGCGACAUUAUUUCUCUAGAGUGAUAUUUAAUUCUUUUUUCUUCCCUAUCCUCCAUCUAUCUAUCUCACUUCUCCAUCAUGUCUGACUCUCUUGUCUCUCUCUGUGUGUCUCUGUCUCUGCCUCUCUUUCUAGUCUCUGGAAAAAGGCUACAGAUUCUUUACUGUCAUUCAGUAAUUUAAGAGCUCGGAGCUGCUGAAGCCAUUAGCCGCUCGUGGUCAGCAGGAAAAGCUAACCUGUGUCCACGUAGCUGAAAUGAGUUGGAUGUGUAAGAGUACGGUGCUCAGACGCUCACAGGGGAACUGCCGCCCUUCUAGAGGGGGAGUUGGUAGGCUAACAGUUGGCCUUCUUUUAAGAGUAGCCCCUCGUUCCGUAGUCCUCUUUCCAGGGAUUAACACGGAAAGUACAGACAGAAAUCUCUUCUGUUGUCAUGGUGAUACAUCUUCCUUGAUAGGAUUUAAGUCAUUCUAAGCACACUUCAUUUGUUUUCCUAUUUUAAACCCAGUCUAGGCUUAUCCUGGCUGUGCUAUGUCUAUUGCUGAUUUGUUUGUUUUUGUUUUGAAUCGUAGUAAGAAUAGAUCAAUGAAGUCUGCGUUCUCAAUGGAUUUUUUAGGGUACCACGACGUUGUUAGCUGCAGAUACACUGUUCUACUGCAGACCUUUAGAAUUUAUUCAUCUUGGCAUAACUGAAACUUUAUCCCCAUUCGUCAGCAGUGCCCCAUUUCUCCUCCCUCAGCCCUUGAAAACCACCUCUCCACCCCUCAAUUCUGUGAGUUGGACAGUUUUUGAUAUCUCAUAUGAGUGGAAUCAUGCAGUAUUUGUCCUUCUGUGGCUGGCUCAUGCUACUGAGCAUAACGUCCUACAGCCUCAGCCGGGUUGUACACUGCAGGAUUGACUUCUUUUUAAAGACUGAAUGGUAUUCCAUUGUGUAUCACAGUUCUUUAAUGCAUUACUCUGUUGACUGACAUGAGGUUGUCUCUGUAUCUUGGGUAUGGUGAGCAAUACUAUAGUGAACAAGGAGAUAUCUCCUCAAGAUCAUGUUUUUCAGUUCUUUUGGAUACAUACCCAGAAGUGGGGUCACUGGGCAAUUUUAUUUUUGAUUUAUUCAGGAUGCUGAGUACUCAUUGUAUAGAAUCUACAUCAUUUUAUAUUCCUACCAAUUAUACAAGGGCUCCAGUAUCUCAAUUCCUUCACCAACACUUGGUACCUGUGUUGUUUGUUUACAUGGUAGCCAGUUGGUUAUCCUUUGCCUUGAGGUAAUUCUGAAAUCCAAAAAUAGGCACUUCUGUCUCUGAAAAAUGGUGCACCCUAUAUUCCGUCUAGGGCUAUUGACUCCCGGUCUUUGCUUUCUGACUUAGUCAUUAAUUCAGCUAACAGCUAUAGAACACAUUCUUGAUCCAUUACCACGCAAAUAUUCUACAUUUGAUUCUAAUAGUUAGCAUAAGUGCUGUUUACACAAUGGCAGGGAUAUGUUCUGUCCUUUAUUUUAUACUGUUAUCUUUAUUGUUCUCAAGAACCAGGUGAUGUGUGUGGGCUCCUUUCUUCAGAGGAAGAAAAGGAUGCUCAGAAAGGUUAAACAUUAUUUUGGCCAAAGCUACCAAUUUACCACCUAACCAGGGCAGGCACCAGAGAUCUCACUCUGCGGCCCAUACUGCAGUGUUAUGGUGAUAACUCUGUUUCCGUCAUGAGGUUCGGUUUUCGUACUACUUGUUUGAAGUAGGAAAUUGAUCAAAGUUCUGAACAGUAAGAGUUGGACUAGAUUUUCAUGAUGGUGAACACCAGGAAAAUGAUGACUUUGGUUAAAAGUAAACUUAAAAAAAAAAAGGUAGUUGAUGGUCUUAAAUAAUCUAAAUUACUUCAAGUCUACAGGUAGUUCUUGGAAUCUAGUAGGGUUUUCUUCUCUUUUAGGACUGUCAAAAUUUUGAGCCAUAUUCAUAAAUUAUUUGAGGGGUCAGGCGUAGAGCUCAGAGGCACGAGCACCUGCCUGGCAAGUGCGAGGUUAUGAGUUCAAUUCCUGGCACCAAAAAUAAAAUAAAAUAAAUAUAUAAGUACACAACUUGAGACUUACAUGUUACCUGUUAUACUCAGAUUCCAGAAUCUGAUGACUGUUUUGCCAAUAAUAUAACCGGCAAUGUAAUGUUGAUGGUGAAUUCAAGAGAUUGCCACCUGUGUUGUUUCCUUUUUGACUCUCUAUUAAGAUGACUCAGUAUUUAAAGAAAAUCCAUUUGCGUUUGUAUUGCUGUCACAAAUAAUGAGAUUAUUUUAUUGCCAUACGGGCUAUAUACACUUGAUCAAAUUUUUCUGAAUUUUAAAUCUCAUUUUAAGGAGAAUCAGCAGAAUAAUUCAAAAUUCAGUGUCAGUGUUUAUUUUAUUAAUUUGUAAGUGGGUGAUUUUUGGAAACCAUUCAAUAACUGAAUAGUUUUUGGCUUUAUGUGAGAAGACACAUUUUUAGUAACAUAUAGCAUUGGUUCCUGUUAUUUGAGACCCAUUAAGCUUUCUUAGGCACUUUUGGACCUGGAUCAAGAAAAAAGUACUGAAAAUAGCUGGCCCAAUGGCAUAGGGACAUAGGAUAACAUGACAAGCACUUGUUAACAUGCCGUUGAAAUGGUCUCAGGUAGCCUGAAGGAAUUAGCAAAACUUCUUCGCGACCACAACACACUUAUCUCUAAAUGAAGAGGGAGAAACCCUAACAAAAACUUGUAACAUUUCAUUCCUCCAGGAGAAAUGUAACUGAACAAGGAGGAUCCAAUAGUGGUAGAUUUAUCGGGAAUAUCAGGGAUAAUCUUGGAAUUAUAGGUAAAGUGAAUUCUUGUCCUUUUCACGUGUCACCAGCGACCUGUCAGGCUCCUUAUGAACUUCAGGUUUUGCCCAAGUUAUUUAUAUGAAGUAUCUCUGUGUAAUAUAAGGAAUUGCAGGUUACUUGAAAAUAGCAACAAAGACAACCCACAUGAAAAAAUUUCCAUUUCUAUAAUUAAUUUUCCUGAAAGUCAGGAAUGUCAUUGAGGACAAGCUUUUGGCUGUAUUAUUUUUGUGCAGAGGAGGAAAAUUGUUAGUAGGUUUAUAGAUAUUAUUUUUGUAAUAGAAUGUUAAACCCCUGGAAAACAUCAAAAAUUGUCUCCUAGAACUAACUCUAUGUUUUAGAAACUUGUUUUCAAAAAGGAUUCUAAAUAAAAUAGGGUCUUUUCUCCUUUCUCCAUGCCAAUGGUUUAAUGGAAUAGAUGAAUCAAUGUUUAUAUUUUUAAACUGUAAAUAUUUUAUUUUGGGUAUUUUGUAUAUUUGUUGAUAUGAUUCCAUUUUGUGCAUAUGUAUCAUUGUGCAUGUUGCUGUUUUGAUAGUCACUUGUUUAGUGGAUGAGGAAGCUUGGACUAAUAACACUUCCCUUGUUUCAUUGGACCACCUUAACAUGACUACAGCGCUGCCAUUUCAACUGUUGUGUUUAAUCUGGUCAAUAAAUUUGUUGCUCCUUUGCAUUUAAAAUGAA